AUCCCUUCUUCAUAGUCGCGCACUUUGAAACUGCGGGGCCGUAGCAGGGUGCGCGCGUGUGGUUGGCGCUGGCUUUUUUCCUCCCCUCCCUCCCCUCCCCUGCCUGUAAACAUUACCUGAGAAUUCCCCAGCCCCAACGGCCGCUGGGGCCAGAAACUUCGGGGGAGAAGCGUGCACCUCCGACUUUCCCUCCACCCCUCUGCGCGUCCCAACUUUUGGAGACGCCUUUUCUCCUCCCGAGGAGGAUUCAGCUCUAUCUAUUUUUUUGUUUAAUUUAAUUUUUCCCUCGCUCCCCUUUUUAUUUUUCCUCGCCCGGUCCUUGGCAUCGGGGGAGAGUAGAUUUCCCAAGUGGCCAGGUGGGACGCCUCCCCCGGAUCGGGUGUAUCUAUUAUUGCUCGCGGUGUUUUCUUUCUUUUUUUUUUUUUUAAAUUCCGGUUCUGUCGCGUCCGGGAGCUUCGCCCCCUGCCCGGCUCCGCGGCGCGGAGGAUGGUGUGGAAAUGGCUGGGCGCGUUGGUGGCGUUCCCGCUGCAGAUGGUCUAUCUGGUGGUGAAAGCCGCCGUCGGGCUGCUGCUGCCCGCCAAGCUGCGGGACCUGUCGCGGGAGAACGUCCUCAUCACGGGCGGCGGGAGAGGCAUCGGGCGCCAGCUCGCUCGCGAGUUCGCAGAGCGCGGCGCGAGAAAGAUUGUCCUCUGGGGCCGGACUGAGAAGUGCCUGAAGGAGACGGCGGAGGAGAUUCAGCAGAUGGGUACAGAGUGCCACUACUUCCUCUGUGACGUGGGCAACCGGGAGGAGGUGUACCAGACGGCCAAGGCUGUCCAGGAGAAGGUGGGUGACAUCACCAUCCUGGUGAACAAUGCCGCGGUGGUCCAUGGGAAGAGCCUGAUGGACAGUGACGAUGAUGCCCUCCUCAAGUCUCAGCACAUCAACACCCUGGGCCAGUUCUGGACCACCAAGGCCUUCCUGCCGCGCAUGCUGGAGCUGCAGAACGGCCACAUCGUGUGCCUCAACUCCGUGCUGGCGCUCUCUGCCAUCCCCGGCGCCAUCGACUACUGCACAUCCAAAGCCUCGGCCUUCGCCUUCAUGGAGAGCCUGACCCUGGGGCUCCUGGACUGUCCGGGCGUCAGUGCCACCACCGUGCUGCCCUUCCACACCAGCACCGAGAUGUUCCAGGGCAUGAGGGUCAGGUUUCCCAACCUCUUCCCGCCACUGAAGCCAGAGACGGUAGCGCGGAGGACGGUGGAGGCUGUGCAGCUCAACCAGGCCCUCCUCCUGCUCCCCUGGACCAUGCAUGCCCUCAUUAUCUUGAAAAGCAUACUCCCCCAGGCUGCCCUGGAGGAGAUCCACAGAUUCUCAGGAACAUACACCUGCAUGAACACAUUUAAAGGACGAACAUAGGUGCAGGAUGCAGCAAGCACUGGAAGAGCCAUGGACCCGAGGGGCCACUGCACCCACCGCAGGUUUGUCAGCACAGCACGUUUCUGCUGGGUGGCCAGGACUGCGCCUGCCCAGAAGGAGGACCCGGCCGUCUCCCAGGCCUGCCCCAGGACCUUUGCACAGGUGUCUCUCUGGCCCUGGUGGGGAGGCAGCCAAGCAGCCAGCCGCCACCUGGAUGCCUUUGUACAUGUCCAGUUCGGUAGAGUGUAUUGUCCAGUCGCUUCUGCAGCCUAACCAGCCUCGGCAGUGUGCACAGACUUUUUCUGGGAGGAGCUGUCCCCGGAGGGCCCUCCUACACCCCCGCCAUCCACUCAUGUUCGGCUUCCACGGGCUGGCUGAGCAGCAGGAAUGGAAAAUAAAGAGCGUUGGGUUUGUGA